CCGUGAGCAUGGCGGCUCCUGCGAUUGGCAGGAUAGUAUUGUUGGCUAAAAUGUCUUAGUUACGCAAGCAGUUCAUAUAUUGACAGAAAAUACUUAACUUGGAAACAGGAUGGGGUUGAUAAGACACGUUGUGUGCGCCAUGUCCGGCGGAGUUGACAGCUCUGUGGCGGCUUUGUUAUUGAAGAGAAGAGGCUACAGUGUGACUGGGGUUUUCAUGAAGAACUGGGACUCUCUAGAUGAGAUGGGGGUCUGUUCUACCGAGAAGGACUGUGAAGACGCAUAUAGAGUGUGUCAGAUCCUGGACAUCCCUUUUCACCAAGUGUCAUAUGUCAAAGAGUUCUGGCAUGAGGUUUUUAGUAAUCUGUUGAAGGAGUACGAGAAGGGCAGGACACCAAAUCCUGAUAUUUUAUGCAACAAACACAUAAAAUUCAACCAUUUCCAUAAAUAUGCCAUCAGCACUCUAGGUGCUGAUGCCAUGGCAACAGGGCAUUACGGCAGGACUUCACAGGAGGACGAGGAGGUUUUUCAGCAGUCAUACAAGGCUCCACCGACCACUCUGUUUAGAGACCGUUUCGAGAACAGAAAUCCUGUGAGGUUGUACAGAGGAGCCGAUCUCAUCAAAGACCAGACAUUCUUCCUGAGUCAGAUCUCACAAGAUGCCUUGAAACAAACUCUGUUCCCACUUGCUGGACUCACCAAAGAGUUUGUGAAAAAGAUUGCUGCUGAGGCAGGGUUGCAGCAUGUAGUGAAUAAAAAAGAGAGCAUGGGCAUCUGCUUUGUUGGAGAGAGAAACUUUGAAAAAUUCAUUUUAGAGUAUCUGGAACCUAAACCAGGAAACUUUGUUUCCAUUGAGGAUGGGACUGUCAAGGGAACACACAAAGGUUGGUUCACUCUGACAUUGGGCCAGAGGGCGAGGAUUGGAGGACAGAGAGAUGCCUGGUUUGUUGUGGACAAAGACAUUGUUACUGGAGACGUAAUUGUGGCUCCAGCUACCAAUCAUCCCUCUCUUUUCCGUGACACUCUGCGAACUGACCGCUUCCACUGGAUAACAGUUGAGCCACCUCUUGAGUUAGCCAGGACCCAGAUGUUGGAGUGUCAUUUCCGCUUCAUCCAUCAGAUGCCGCUCGUUCCCUGCACAGUAACUCUGAACAUGGACGGUUCUGUGUGGAUUUCGCUCUCUCAGCCCGUUAGAGCUCUGACACCGGGACAGUUUGCAGUGCUUUACAAAGACGAUGAGUGUCUGGGCAGCGGGAAGAUCAUCCAGCUGGGUCCCAGUGAAUACACUCUCCAGAAGGGCAGAGAGCAGUUUGUGGCAGCUGUGCAGCAUAAAGAGGAGCUGAACCCUGAACCUGCCAGCUGAAAUGAGCUCAUGGUCCAGUCGAGAUGGAAAUGCCCUCUGUUCGGUACAUUUGGUAGAAGAUCCUGACCAGGAAAAAUGCUAUUACUAAGAGUGGAUAUUAUUUAUAAAUGCUUAGUCUUGACAGUGUUUAUAGCCGAAGGACAAAUGAGGUGACAACCUAAAGACAAGUUAGCUGCUUGGUGCUCAGAUAAACCAUGUGUGUCAAAGCCAAAGUGUUCAGGAGAAGAGACUUAAUGGUGAUAAGAGGGUUUACUAGCAUCUUUAUGUUGUCAAAAACACUGUUUUAACUAUCUAACAUUACAGGACCGAUCUGCACCGGCCUUGUUCUGAAUGUGAACAGUUGCAUUCAGUGGAGUGUUAUUAAGGAGAUGGUUAGACCACUCUUAUUUUAAUCGACUGUUUUACUUUUGGAUGGAGACUUCAGUGCAAAUAAAACAGUUACUCUGACAUUGGAGAACUGUAGGAAAACGGCUGUUAUAUAAUCAUUCAUUUAUAGCUGUGAAAUCUAGUUUAACGUAAGACUUUGCAGAGCGAGUCCUCAAGAAUAAUGGAGAAAAGAAAUUAAGCACACACACACAACCACUCUUACUUAGAGA